UUCCUGCGCUGCACCGUGCCCCGCGUGCUGUGGGCGGCCCCGCAGCCGCCCGCCGUGGUGCGCCUGCGGUGGUGGGGCGAGACGAGCGGCGGCACCGUGCUGCAGCCCGCCUGCCGGGCCGGGCAGCCCGCGGGGCGAACCAGCGCCCGCUUCGCCGUGCGCUGCGGGCCCCGGCAGCUCGCCGCCUACCUGGCAGAUAUGGGUGUUCUGGUCCUGGAGGUUCUAACCAAGCUUGACCACCUCCUCCUUGGCAGAGCACAGAUCACUAAGCUGUCCCAGCUCUCUCCCAGCCAUCCCAUCAAAGGGUCUUUUGCUGUGGUGUCACCUACGUCGGAUAAACUUGGAGAGCUGCAGGUCUCACUGGUUCUGGAACCUCUGCCAGAGCUGUAUGACACCAGCAGCUGUGUGCCAGCCACACAAGGAGGUUCAGGUGCUGCUGCUGCCCAGGGGAGCAGCAAGUCCCAGCUCCCUGCUCCAUCCCAGCAGCCCAGGCACACAUGGGUGACUGUUGAACAGGACUCUGUUGACAACAGCAAAGCCACAUCUCCUAGAGGAAAGGACGGUUUGCUCUACCAAGAGAACUGUGAAAACAUGAAGGACACCUUUUCUGCUUCUCAUCACCCUGUGAUUUUGCCAGAUGAGCACUUGAAAAUGGAUCCUGCCAGUCAGCCCCUGUGGUUUCCCAGCAGCACCGACCCCGAAGCGCUUCCCAGGAGGAGCACACGGGUGCUCUCCGUGCACAGCCCGGCUACAAAAGACCUGCUGUCAGCUCUCUUGGAUCAAGGCAGUAAACUCCGUGAUGCCAUGGUUGUUUCUGCAAUGAAGUCCAGCCCAGACAUGGAGAUUGAACUGAAUAAAAUAUCUGAUUUUAUAGGGAGAGAUGAUUUUAAAGCACCAACAAAGAGCCCAAAAGGCUUGAAGUCCAGUUUUGUGCCCACUCCUGAAGAUCUCCAUCACUUUGGAUCUGAAGUUUCAGGUCAGCAGCUUGACCUAAACUCUGAAGAAAGAGCAAUCCAGUUACUGUUGGGCAGCGCUGAUUUCUCUCCGGGGCAGUUUUGGGAUCGAACAGGAUCCCUGUGGGAUUCUCUCUCCCUUGGCAGUGAGGUGUAUGACAGCGAACUCGGUGACCCCCAUUAUGACCAGAGUCUGCUGGAGAAGCUUUUCUACGCAACUCCUAAAUCUGAUUCCAGUUUGAGUGAUUUCCUCAGUGAUGAUGAUGUUAAAUCCUCAAAAAAAGCAUCCAAGACAGAAACUCUCAAAAAAGCGGGUCCAGUGAGUCCACAGAAGGAUUUUCAUGCCUUUGAUCCGAAUGUGACAGAAACUAAACCCAGCUGCUCUCCCACUGCUCCUCCAGAAGACCACAGAGAAACAGCUCUUCUCACAUCCUUGGGUGCAGACAGGUUGGCAUUGCUGCAGCAAAUACACCUGGCCAGAGUCACCAUAGAGAGCUUGAAAAUCCCUCCUGAGAGCAUCCAGAUCUCCCCCAGGAGGAAAGGUUUACUGGGGAAACCUCCACGGCCUAUGUCUGUUCAUAAGUGCACCUUCUUUGUGGAGUACCACUUUCCUGUGAGAGUCUCCAAGGAUGGAAAAGGACUGGUCUCCAUAGCAACAGAAGCAAUUCGAGUAGCCUCAAGUAAAAUCACAGAUGAUGUGGUGAAAUUCCAGCAGCAGUCUGUGUUCCCUGUGUGGUUUGGGGGAACAAUGAUCGAGCACUGGUGGGGCUCUGACCUGGCUUUUAAAAUCUACAUGAGGAAAAGCACACAGAAAAAGGCUGUGGCCAUUGGCUCAGCAGCGCUUCAGCUCCGCAGGGUGAUUGAGGCUGAGCUGCUCAGUGUCAGCUGGGAUAUACCCGUGGAAAAAGAGGGAGAUCACACACAAGUUGGGCCACUAAAGGUGUCCCUGCAGCUUGCAGCCAGCAGCAGAGGCUUGGCCCGCGCCGCUGCCGGGCCCCCAGCCCCGGCUCACGCCCUGAGCGGUGCCCAGCUGGCACUGCAGGAGCCCGGCAGGACGGGUGUAGAUGCAGCCAGCCCUCUCUGCUCCACACGGAGCCCCCAGGACUGGCAGGGGCCAGGAGCGGGCGGCGGGGACGUCGCGCAGCCGCCGCGCCCUGCGCCGGCCGCCGCAGCCCGCGACGCGGAGACACGCAGAGCCCCAGCUGAGGAGGAUGGGUUACUGCUGCACGUGCUCCUGAUGGUGCCUGACGGAAAGGACUUCCUUGCUGAAGGCUGUGGGCUGCCCACGUCUUGCAAUGUGUAUUUAAACUGCAAACUGCUCAGCACUGAGGAGGCAACGAGAUCCGCUGUCGUCUGGGGCACGACGCAGCCUGCCUUUAAUUUUUCUCAGGUGAUGCCUUUUUCAUUGACUUCCAAACGCUUGGAGCGGCUGAAGAACAAUGUAAUGAUUAUUGAAGCUUGGAACAAGCUGGGAGGCCCUGGCUGUGACAAAUUGCUGGGAUUAGUGAAACUCCCUCUGCAUCAGUUUUACAUGUCAUUCAAGGAUCCCAAGAUUUCCCACCUGCUCCUGCAGGCUCAGUACCCGGUGGUGGCCGUGGAUGGCCACGUGCCCGUGAUGGACGUUUUCACCGGCAGCACGAGCGGCCGCCUGAGGGUCACCCUGGCCAUGGGCUCAGCUGAUCAAAUAGUGGCACUGCAGAGGCUCAAAACUGGAGAAGGAAUGGCGCCUCCAGCCACACCACGUCCUCCCCACUCUCUGGACCACCCAGCUACAAAACCCACAGUGCAGUUGGAGCCAGAAGGGGAAGACCUGAUGGAGCAUGUGUUUGAGAUCCACGUGGAGAGUGUGAAGGGACUCACUCCCUUACAGUCCACAGUCUGGGGAGAGGCUGACUGCUACAUCCAGUACUAUUUCCCAGUUCAGGAGGCUGACUGUGGUGCACUGCAAGGACCUGGAUUGGAUGAGGAUGGCAUCACAUUAAAGCCAUUUAGAACAGCUACCACUUUGUGUGUUCCUGAUCCCGUUUUUAAUGAUGAACAUCAUCAUUCCCUGUUGGCUCCUGCUGAUGUCCCAGUCCAGAGGCUCCUGGUCAGUGCAUUUAUGGCACCAGGAGCAGCAGGAGGAGGAAUCCAGUUUGAAGUCUGGUGCAGGUAUUAUUACCCAAAUGUCAGAGACCAGCUGGUUGCCAAAGGGGCCUUGCCUUUGUCACGGCUCUGUGCCAUGGUGACUCUGCAGCACCGCGAAGAAAUAGGGAUCCAAACUUUUAAUCUUCCCUUGGUCCCCCGGGCUGACUCCUCAGAGGAAUUUCAUCUGCGGUCUUCAGGUUUGCUCGAUGUGAGUGUGAGGUACCAGCGAUCCAUGAAAACAGCAGCUGGAAUAACUGCUCAAGCUGUGUCACUUUCUGUACGAAUACACAGGGCAGCUGGUUUGCAGGCAGCAGCCAGAGCUGUGGCACAGAAGAACCCCUCUGUCCAGUACUAUGCUGGGGUGGGAGUGAACACCUACGUGUGCGUGCUCCCGUCCUUCCUGCCCCGGGCGCAGACGCGCAGCACACGAGCCGUGCCCUGCUCCUUCUGCCCCGAGUUUGAGCAGCACCUGCAGUUCCUCUGUCAUCUCGUCACUCAGAAAAGCAGUGGAGAAGCCUCUUCUCUGGGGGAGCUCUUGCACUCUGCCAGUAUUUUUUUCUCCAUCUACCAUCAGAGCACCAAGUCAGCCACUGACAAAUUGGCUGACAGAACAUCCAGAGAUUAUCUUCUUGGGACAGUCACGAUUCCAACCAGAGACCUGCUGACAAGAAGAUCAGGGAUUUCAGGCUGGUACCCCGUGACCCUCUCUGAAGAGCCGACGCCUCCGCGCCGCGCAAACGCCGUGCAGGCCGUUGUGGGAGGGCUGGAACUCUCUGUUGCCUUUGCCCGUCAGGGCGACAGGGAGCGUGUUUUGGAGGCUGCCAGGCUCCUGGGCUGGAGCGGCGAGGAGCUCCAGGAGGACAGCGAGGGCGGGAGCAGUGACUGGGAGCAGAGUGCCGGCCCGGUGGCCGUCACCAUCUCCACGCCGAGGGUGUGGCUGCCGCUGCGCUGCGUGCUGCUGGCCGGCCAGACACACCUGCCCAAAAGCACCUACUGCUACCUCAGGUACAAGCUGUACAACCAGGAGGCCACCUGGACGUGGCUCAAGCAGCCCAAACUGAGUGACGACGCAGAGAACGUUACGGUGAGCUUCAGGAAACCCAGCAAGGUGACUCUCCGAAGGAGCCAGGGGCUGCUCUGGUUCUUCAGAGAGGAGAAGUUAGAAAUCCAGGUGUGGUGGGCAUAUGGCAAGGAACAUGAGGUGGAAAGACCCCUUGACACAGAUCGUCUUAUUGGAUCUGCCUACGUCGACCUGGCAGCGUUAGCAGAGAGAUCAAGGAGAACACUGAGUGUUAGUGGCGUUUAUCCAUUGUUCAGAUGCAAUGCUGCAGACCUGGCGGGAGCCGCUGUGCGUGUUCACGUCAGCCUCGCUCCCUCUCCCACUCCCACUGCCCUGCCCAGACUUCCCUGUGCCGAGGAGUGCAGCAACAGUGAGGAUGAAGGCACAGGGGGAAGCCCUGCUCUGAGCCAGCAGGGCUCUGACAAACAGCAAGUGGAUAUUGCAGGUUCAGGGAUCACCAACGGUGAACCACAGGAAGAGGACGUGAUGUUUCUGGAAAACACAGUUCCUGUCAACAUCCUUGUGGAAAGAGCAAUGCAUCUAAGUUUAAAAGGAAGUCCCUUGACAGAACGUGAAGUAGCAGCCCCCAGCAGCUGUGUGUCAUUUGCUGUUGCUGGUGCAGAUGCUCCAGUGACCACUCCAGUGAUAGGAAAUACAGACUCACCAGUAUGGGACUUCCAGCAGCAAGCAAGGUUAUCCAAAGAGCUUCUCCUGGAUCCACAGCAAACCUUGGUCUUCAAAGUGUGGCAUAAAGCAGAGGCGGAGCGAGUGAUAGGAUUUGCAUCCGUGGACCUUUCUCCUCUGCUCUCUGGCUUCCAGCUGGUGUGUGGGUGGUACAACAUCACAGACUUCAGCGGGCAGUGCCGAGGGCAGAUCAAAGUGGCCGUGUCCCCUCUCCAGAAUGUAACUCAUCUCAAGGAAGAAAGGCAGGCCAGGGCCCGAAGCCAGCCGGAAAGUUCUUCUGUGAAGGUCAGCUUUCCAGCAUGUCCUAGUAAUUCUGCAAACUUGUCCAAGCAGAUGUUGAAUUCCUUGUCAAAGGAAGUCAGCGUUCCUGCUCGAGAGCAGGUUAGCCCCCCCGGCACGCAGACGCCUCGGCACCAGGAGCACAUGCAGAACGUGCGCAGGUUCCACGAGUCCCUGCAGCAGGCGGACGGGAACGCGCGCCGCGCAGCCAGGCCGGACCCGGCACCGCCGUCCUCGCGCGCUGCGCUGCUCGCCGCCCUCAGAAAAAACUUGAGCGAGCUGGAUGAGGUUCAAAGAUACUUCAGUGAGAAGCUGACCAGGUCUUUUCCCGACUUCAGCACGUCCAAAUCAAGCCGUGAGGAGUGGGAGAGUGACCAUCAGGGCUCGAUGAGCAGAGAAGGGCAUCCCAAAGGCUGCCAUCUUUUGGAAAAAUCUAGUCAGUUGGUGUCUCAGGUCAGCAGCCUAAUCAAUGACUUGCAGACCAUAACUAAAAAUAGCAAGGAAGCCUCUAACGAGCAUCAGGACAGCAGCAGGAAGCUGGGUGCUGUGGAUGUACCCAGCUGGAGGGAGGAAGGAGCCAGACCUGGAGUUCCUGGAGGCCGGCUGGAGCCAGAGGCGCGCGGCGUUCCGGGUGACACGCAGCAGCCGCGCAGCGCUGGCAGGUCUGUCUUUGAGAGACACAUGCUGCACCAGCUUCUAGGCCCCAUUGUCCCUGAAGACGAGCCUCCAGUGGGUUGUAUCCAGGAAAACAGAGGUGCUUUUGCCAUCCAGCCACACAGUGAAGAAGAGUACGAAGAAGAUGUGAUAGAACCACGAGCUCUCAAUGAGAUAACGACCGCGACAGACAUGACGAGCCCCUGGUCCAGCGUGCUCUCCGAAACAGGGCAGGGGGCUGAGCAGCAUCCUCUGGAGCCCAGGCCUGAAGAUCAGCACUCCACAGAUGUAGGUUGUUUCCAAAGAGGGAACAGCAGCACCUUGUCCAGCAUGCUGCAAGGGGACAGCCAGAGUGUGCUCAGCGCCCUGAGCCCGCCCAGGAGCCCCCACGCGGGUGGGAGCAGUCCCUGGGGAGCAGCAGGAGACUUCCAGACCUUCAACAGCAGCAUGGGAACAGCGGAGAAGGAGCUGCUUCUGCCAGCUAUGGGGAGCCUCUGGAACAGAGCACUGAACACUGAACCCAUAAAGAAAAGUGUGGAGUUCCAUGCAGGCUCCAAGGAACUGCUGCCAUCCCCAGGAGACAUGGGCUUGACCAGUCAAAAAACCACUGAGAGAGAGGAGGAGGAGGAAAAUGCUGAGGCUGUAAAUGGAGAUCAUCAAGGCAAGGAAGGAAGUGGUUCUGAUGAGAACUGUGUUCGGAGUGUAUCAGCCCAAGCUGGCUCGGAAGGAAAUAGUGAGAGCUUCCCUGAUGACAGCAAUGAAGACCCAGUGGAAGACUCCGAAAACCCCAUCAAACAAAAAAUUACUUUGUCUGAUCCUGUUGUUGUUCCCAACUUCUUCCUUCCACCCGAGGAGAUGGAAGCCUCCAUGAGACUGCUCUGCACUUCUUUUCAUCCUUCCACAUCUCCAAAAGAGUGGAGCAGUGCCCGGAGGAAUCCCCUACCGAAGAGCAAAUCGUCCCAGGCCCAGCCCCGAGCUCUCGGAAGAGGAAGCCCAAAGAAUCGCCAGGAUCUUCUCUGCUCAGCUCUCCAAGAAGGAAUAGUGUUGGCCAGAGACCCUCCACAGCAGAGCUUCCUAAGCCAGGGCCGGAUGCAUUGGCAAAAGCGGGGCCCCCCAGUAAAGGGGAGGUGGAAGCCACAGCUUUCAGGCCCUGGUUUUAAUUUUCCUAAUUGGCUAGUUAAUUGAAGUCCUCUGUUUAGAAGGGCUUAAAGCCUGUGGUCACCCACAGGGAGCUGCAUCUUGUGGGGGCAGGUCCCCAGUGAGAUGCACCCGUGUGGGUAAUCCAUGACCUGUUAUCUGCUCUCCAAGUAGCCCAGUUUUAGGAUUUAUUCCUGUGAAAUGGCCCUUUCAAAAAUAGUUGGUGGGCAACACAAUUCUCUGCUUCCACAGGUGCCCAAAGUGCUUGUGUGAGCACAGGCCAAGGGCACCGUAAAAUCUGGUGGGUGUACAAAAGAGGGUGACUAGAAAGAUGAGACUUUUAUAUUUAUAUUUAAAUUAUUUUUGUACACCUUUCAGAGAAUAGACUUUGAUGCCAGCAGAGCUCAGUUAUUUUUUUACUGCUCUCUCCAGUGUUUCAAUAAAAUUCCCCUGGUUUCUUGUCA